AUGGAGAAACAGAGCAUCAUAAACACUUCUUCUUCUUCUUCUUCUUCUUCUUCAGUGUCAUCUUCUUGGGUUCGUGGUACUUGCGUGGGAAGAGGUUGUUUCGGUGCACUUAGCACGGCGGUCAGCAAAACGGACGGUGGAGUUUUCGCCGUAAAGUCCGUGGAUCUCACCACGUGUCUCCCAAUUCAAUCGGAGUCUCUUGAGAACGAAAUCUCCGUCCUCCGCUCGCUCAAGCCUCACCCUAACAUUGUGCGGUUCCUCGGCGACGGAGUCUCGAAAGAAGGAACGGCGUCGUUCCGAAAUCUCUACUUAGAGUAUCUCCCAGAAGGUGACGUGGCUAAUAACUCCGCCGGAGGAAUCGACGACGAGACUCUUCUCAGGCAUUACACGGCGUGUCUCGUCUCCGCUCUCCGCCAAGUCCACUCGCAAGGAUUCGUUCACUGCGACGUCAAGGCGAGGAACGUCCUCGUCAGUCGGAGCUCCGUGGUCAAGUUAGCGGAUUUCGGAUCGGCGAUCAGAUUCGAAAAACCGACGGCUCUGAUCAAGCCACGUGGAAGCCCGCUUUGGAUGGCUCCGGAGGUGAUCAGACGUGAGUACCAAGGGCCGGAGAGCGACGUCUGGUCUCUUGGUUGCACGGUCAUCGAGAUGCUCACUGGUAAACCCGCUUGGGAAGAUUUCGGGAUGGACUCGCUGAGUCGAAUCGGUUUCUCCGACGAGUUGCCGUUUUUCCCCGUGACGCUGUCGGAAAUCGGCCGCGAUUUCUUAGACAAAUGUCUGAAGCGAGACCCGAGUCAGCGGUGGAGUUGCGACCAGCUUUUGCAGCACCCAUUUCUAUCUCAGUGUCACCGCUACUCGUCUCCCCGUUGCGUACUCGACUGGGUCAACUCGGAGUUUGAGUUUGAAGACGAAGAAGAGGAGGAAGUUGGGAGAAGCGGGUGGGUAUCCGAAGUUGAAACCACGGCGGCGAUGGCAAGGAUUUGUAAAUUGGCAACGACCGGAGGAGCAAUUUGGGAAUCAGAUGGUUGGGUGGAGGUUAGAAGCAACGCUUCAGAAGGGGAAGGGGCAGCAACGGAAUAUUCGGAAUCAACAAGGGUAGAAUCGGAAUAUAACAACACAUCAUCGGACCCGUACGGUGACGUGGCUGGUGAGUCGGCGAGAAUUGACGUUUCUGUGUUUCCGCAUAGGCCGCCGGGAAGCCAGGGAUCGGCGGCGGCGCUGCCGUAUAUACUAGUGACGGUUUCACGUAUAUUAAUGGAAAUUAUGAUUAAUAUUGCAUGUGUCUCCGCCGAAAUUAUUCUCAACAUUUGUUGUUCUUAUCAAUAUCAUCGUGAUACUAAUAAAAAGGAACUCCAAAUGUUGUCUUUUAAUCUCAGCUUCAAUUUUUGUUUGUUUGUUUGCACAUGCGAUUUGGAUGGUACGAAACGAACGUUUACACGGUGA